UGAUUUCUGAACGAAACUACUCCAAACUAUAUACAAAUGGACUACUUAUCCACAUUUUCUUUCGUCUUUGCAACAACUACGGCCAUCGUCGUUCUGUCAACUCUGUUCUGUUGUUCCAGUGCCGGAAUUCCAUCGGAAUCCAACGGUGGCCCCAAGCAACCUUUGAAACCUGAUACCUUCUCCAGUCCGAACACCGUUCCUGCCUAUCCAGUCCAGACAGAGACACAAACUUGCCAUCUAGACCUCUCAGCUGAGCUCUUCGGCGGGGUGAACGAGGCCUGUGGGCGGAACCUCGACCGUAGCCGCUGCUGUCCCGUUCUAGCGGCGUGGCUGUUUGCGGCGCAUGCUAAGUUAGCGUUACAGGUUCUGGCGCCAGCUCCGGCGUCAUCAUCGGAUGGGCCUAUGAUGCCGGACGAUUUGCAGAAGUGUGUGAAUUCGUUGCAAACGUCGCUUCUGAGUCGCAACAUCCACAUUCCACAGCCCAACGCGACAUGCGACGCAAUCCUAUGUUUUUGCGGGAUUCGGCUUCAUCUGAUCACCUCCUUGAGCUGUCCUGCUGCGUUUAACAUUUCUUCGCACCAUAACGCCACGCCCACUGCUGCCGUUAGGAACUUGGAACGGAAUUGCAGAAACUCCUCCUAUUCUGGCUGCACUAGGUGCCUUGGAGCCCUUGAGAAAGUUAAUGGGAAGUAUGGGACAGCAGGGGGAGAAAAAAGGAGCAGCGACGCCGAUGACGACGGUGAUGAGAGAGCGAGCAAGAUGUUCAGCAGGGACUGCCAACUCAUGGGGCUGACGUGGCUAUUGGCGAGGAACAAAACGACGUACAUACCAACAGUGUCAGCGGUGCUGAGGGCUAUGAUGUACAGUGCGCACCCUCCACACCAAUCCAAAUGCAGCCCAGACCAGGAGAACAUGCCACUGGCCGUCGAUUCUCUCCAAUUCCAGAGACUCGAUUCAUCUCAUGCCUCUGCUCCUCCUCCUUUUCGUCUUCCUUCAAUCAUUCUCUUAUUUUCAUUUCUGCCCCUCAUCAUACCCUUCUUUUUAAAUUUCUAAU